AAAUAAAAAUAUUAAAAAGCGGAAAAUUUCAACUUUCAAAAAAAAAUUUAAGCGAAACCAGGCCUAUUCACAAGAAGUGGCGGAUACAUUUCUGAUAUAUUGCAGUGUAGAAUCAGUAAAAAAUGUUUAGUCCAAAUCCUUUAGACAUCAGCCUAUUCGUCCCUUUGUAAGAUGUGGAUUGUUGAAAAUGACAACAGACCCUGGAAGGAGGUGGGAAGAAACAGACAUGCAAUUUUCACUCUUUUUGGGUAUAUUAGAUGGAAAUGGUUUGGGAUGGCACAACUCAGGAAUUUCAGUUUAUCAGUGUAUUGAUAACUUAGUGGUUUGGCACAAGCUUGAUAAUUUUAGAGAGGUUCUUCAUUACCUAAGAUUCAUUUUGCCACUUCUUCAAUUUGCACUUUUGAUCCCCCUUCUAGAUGUGGCAUUGCUAAAAUAUUUUCAUCAAUGUUCUGUCUAUUUGUGUUCACUUGGGAAAUCUGGGUGUAGGUACAUUAGGCCGGAUUUUUUAAAAUGAGUCAGUACAGAGUAUGUACAUUAGUACACAGGGCUAUAGUAUCAGCAAACAUUUAUUAUUUAUGAUUAUUGUUUUAAAGUGUUUAGUUUACUGUGAUUCGGUUAACUGUAUAAAAGAGGUCUAUUGUAAAUUUAAAUCCAUUUUUUUCACAUAAAGAAAAUAUUAUUAAGAAGGAUUAACCUGCAUGUAUGUACUAUUUGAUUAAAAAUGUAAUGCCAGAAAAGGUAUUGGUCACAUGGUUAUAUAGAAAAUUAUAUCUUAAUUGCCAUUUUUAUUAUUAUUUUAGCAUUAGUUUGUAGACCAUAACCACAAAAGUUAGCCACUAGUAUGAACAAAAAGUUAAACUAUAAAAAAGUAAUUGAUGCAGUCCUGUUCAAACAUUACUAUCUUCCAUAUUGAUGGCUUCAUAUUAUUUUUACAUGAUACAAGUCUCAAUUAUAAAUAAAAUAUAAGACUGGUAGUAAGCAGAAAAUGUUGUAAAAAUUGUGAAAUGAAUUAUAACAGUUAAUUUACAUUCAUAUUUACAUACUUGUUGGCAAAGUGAUUCACCCAAUCCCUCCCCUCUAGAAUUCAGCUGAUUUCUGAGCCUUACACUUUAAAAAUCAUCAUUGGAUGACAUUCUUCUUGUGAAGUAGGAUAUUUAAUUUCUCAGUAACAUUUGAAUCAAUCAUUGAAUAUUUUCUUCUUUCAGUCCAGUUUUUAUUUGCUUAGCAUUGAAUCAGUGAUCACGUGUUAUUAAACAUGGGUAAGAAAGGAAAGAAGAAAACAAGCAGCAGUGGCAGCAGUAGUGGCACAAGUAGUUCAGGAGGAGGUGUACAAUCUCCAUCUGAAAGCAGCUGCAGUACUACUAGCAGCAGUAAGCCAAGUACUACUGGCAGUUCUUUGAGGCAGUUAACUAGAAAAUCUGAGACCAAUCUGGUCCAAACAUCAAAAUUUGCUCAAAGAGGAGGUGGUGAUGCAGAUAUUUUAUGCCAUCCUGGAUUUCAACCAGAAAAGGAUUUUCCAACUUUGCCCACAAGGGGUGUUGACAGUGUAGUCUCUUUUCAGCCAGUUUAUCCACAAGUGAGCAACUGGAAUCCCCAGCGAGGAGAUAUGGCUCAAGUUCGCAAUCAGCUGCAGCAUCAUGUGAAACACAGAUUAGCUGGGCCACCCUGGCCAUUGGCUAACCAAUCAAUAUUUAUGCAACAACAGCAACAACAACAAUUUUCUUCUCCUAUAACAGUUUUGGCUUCACCUACUCUGACAAAAUUUAAAGGAAAACCAUGGGGUUCACAGGCUCAGUAUUUGACAGAGUUGCCACCCGAAGAAAAAAGAGGUGGUGCCAUUCCAAAAAUUCAACCACAAAUCUUGAAGCAGCCAUUACAUGACUCUCUCGAUUAUCCAAUUACAAAGUUAACGACUAAUAAAAUUGCACAAACCGAUUCACCAAGACACAUUCAAGAUCUAAGAAUGGCAAGCUUUAUUCCCAAAAGAGUUGAAGGCAGACCAGAUAAAGAAAAUCGAGGAAGACAAAUCCUUGUAGAUACAAAUCAUUUAAAUCUUGAUAUUAAGAAUAAAAAUGCAAUUAUACAUCAUUAUGAUGUAGUAGUUGAACCAGAGAAGCCUCACAAAUUUUAUAGAGAAGCUCUUGAAAUGGUACGUUGUGAACGUUAUCCAAAAAAUUAUCCAUCAUUUGAUGGGAAGAAAAAUAUUUACAGUGUUAGAAAACUUCCUUUUGAAGACGAUGUCUUGAUUCAUAAUGUGCAUGUGCAUGAUAACGAAAGAGGAAAGGACAGAGAAUUAACUGUUAAAAUAAAAUGGGUCAACACUGUCAAUUUAUCUUCUAUUUUUGAAUAUAUGAAAGGUGGUGAAUCCACUAACAUUCCACAAGAUGCAAUUCAAGCUAUUGAUGUUGCUCUAAGACAGCCGUCAGCUAGAAAUUUUUGCCAAGUAGGCAGGUCCUAUUUUACACCCCCUGAUCAAGUGAUUCCACUUGGAGAUGGGCUUGAUUUAUGGUAUGGAUUUUUCCAAAGUGCUAUAAUUGGUUGGAAACCUUAUCUUAAUAUAGAUGUGGCUCAUAAAGGGUUCCCAAGUCCAGUGAAAUGUGUUGAAGCAGUUCGAAAGUUCAUGCAAGUGAACAAAAUUGAACCGACUACUUCUUUAGACCAGUAUUGCCACUCUAAUUUCCGUUCAUUUAUUAAAGGUUUAAAAGUAGUAUACAUCCCACCAAGAGUUAACGGUUUAGUUCAAAGAAGAACAUAUAAAGUGAUUGAUUUAGGUCUUCCAGCUAAAGAUAAUAUUUUUGAAAUUCCCGACAAAGGUAAAACUUCUGUUUGGAAAUAUUAUUGUGAUGAAUAUGGUUAUAACAUAGAGUUCAUUAAUUUACCAACCCUUCAAUGUGGUUCAAAAGCUCGCCCAAUUUCACUUCCUAUAGAGCUCUGUGAAAUUCAAGAGGGGCAAGUGAUUAUGAAAAAAAUGAAUGAAACUCAAACAAGGAAUAUGGUUAGAGCUGCUGCUGUCCCUGCUUACGAGAGGAAAAAAAAGAUUGAAGCUUCUAUACGUACAGUGAGUUUUAACACUGAUCCGUAUAUUCAGGAAUUUGGUCUGUCAGUGUCGUCAGAAUUUACAAAAGUGCCAGCUCGAGUUUUAGAUCCACCAACUCUUGAAUACAAAGAACAACAAAGUGUUCGUGUGUCAAGUGGCGUAUGGCGUUCUGGAAAAUUCUUGAAACCUUGCAAUUUGGAGCAUUGGUACAUUUAUUCUGUAGACACCAAAGUCCCUGAUAAAAAGUUAAAGGAUCUGGCCUAUAAACUGAUGGAAGUCAGCAAAGAAGUCGGAAUGGUUAUAAAAGAACCAAAAGAAAGAAAAAUUAUGAGCCAUCAUAGAGAGUUGGAACAUGAUCUUACCAAUUUCAGUACUGCACAAGUAGUUUUUGUUGUCUUGCCUGAUCGAGGACCUGUAACAUACGCAAAAGUUAAGCAAAUGGCUGAGCUUAAAGUUGGGGUAUUAACCCAGUGCAUUAAAUCUAGGACACUUACGAAAUGUAACAGUAAUUCAACUGUCACAAAUAUACUUUUAAAACUUAAUGCCAAACUCAAUGGAAUAAAUCAUUCGAUUACUUCGGGUCACUGGCCUAGUUUCUUCAAAAAACCUGUAAUGGUAGUCGGUGCUGAUGUGACCCACCCGGCGCCAGAUCAAGUCAAUGUGCCUUCAGUCGCUGCUGUUGCAGCAAGUCAUGAUCCGAAAGCAUUUCUUUAUAACAUGAUAUAUAGGAUUCAGCCUCCUAGAGAAGAAAUAAUCAAGGAUUUGGAAAAUAUUAUGAGAGAACAACUAAUGGUUUUUUAUAAACGUACCAAUCACAAGCCUCAUGCUAUUUUAUUUUAUAGAGAUGGUGUAUCAGAGGGUCAGUUCAAAAAAGUCAUAGAUGAAGAAGUACUUGCUAUAAGAAGGGCUUGUAAAAAGCUCUCAAAAGAAUAUGAGCCAUUAAUCACAUUUUUAGUUGUUCAAAAACGGCAUCACACUAGAUUCUUUCCUGGGCCAAAUGAUGCAGAAGGGAAAAACAAAAACGUUCCUGCUGGUACUGUUGUUGAUACUGAAAUUGUUCACCCUACAGAAUUGGAUUUUUAUUUGGUGUCUCAUGCUAGUAUUCAAGGAACAAGUCGACCAACAAAGUACCAUUUGCUCUGUGAUGAUAGCAACAUGUCUGAAGAUGAUUUAGAAGAGAUAACAUUCUACCUUUGUCACUUAUUUACUAGAUGUACAAGAUCGGUUUCAUAUCCUGCACCUACUUAUUAUGCUCAUUUAGCAGCAUUUAGGGUCAGAUCAUAUAUAGAUAAUGCAGGAAUAAAUCUCUCCAAUUUAAAAUACGAAGAGAAAAAAAGAGAGAUCAAACCUGAUUUUGCCCAGAGCAGUCCUAUGUUCUUUGUUUAGUGUUACAUUUAAACAAGAGAAAUCCAUUUUUAAUAAUCAUUAUAAAAAUUUCAUUACCUGUGUAUUAUGGCUGCUAACUUCUUUUUAUUAAAUUUUUUGUGGACAAAGCAAAAUUU